GCUGGAGCCGUGAGCACAGACUCUACUGAAUAUAGAGACAUGAGUGUGAUACAGCACAUGUGUCCAGUGGGAUGGAGCUGUUCCACAGUCACUACAGACUCUGGACUGAGCAUGGAUCAGAGAGAGCACAGAGAGGACGCAGACCCUCCCACCACCAGCAGGGCGGCGCUGGGAAGUGAAGGCUCUAUUGACCGAUACAUUGAUUUUAAAAAGGAGCCUGGUCUACAGAUCCACCAGAAACAUCCUCCAUCUGAACCUGGUCCCAGCUGUGAGUCCCUCAGGAGUGACUGGUCUAUGUCACAUCCCAUUGUUUUUGCCACGGAGCCAGUGGAGCAGACGGAUCCAGAGGUCUCCAGUGGUCAGCACCAUCAGACACAGCUGGACUCCAUAUUUAAGCUUCUGGAGGAGGACAUCUUCACUUUUGUCCAGAAGAAGCUGAAGAAGCUCCACAAGGUUCUGAGUACAGAUUACCCAGAAUGCUUAGAGCCUGUGGAGGAUGAGGAUGAAGAGCAGAGGAGCAGCAGUGAGGCUUUUCUGAAGAUCACACUGAACUUCCUGAGGAGGAUGAAGCAGAAGGAGCUGGCUGAGCGUCUGUGGAGCAGGAGUUAUUCUGGAGUUUAUCAGCGUAAACUGAAGUCAAACCUGCAGCAGAAGUUUCAAUGUGUGUUUGAGGGCAUCGCUAAAGCAGGAAACCCCACCCUUCUGAAUGAGAUCUACACAGAGCUCUACAUCACAGAGGGAGGGUCUUCAGAGGUCAACCAGGAACAUGAGGUCAGACACAUGGAAACAGCCUCCAGGAAACCAGACCCAGCAGAGACAACCAUCACAUGUGAAGACAUGUUUAAAGGCCCAGCUCACACACAUGGACCAAUCAGAACAGUGCUGACAAAGGGAGUGGCUGGCAUCGGGAAAACAGUGCUCACUCAGAAGUUCACUCUGGACUGGGCUGAAGGCAAAGCCAACCAGGACAUACAGCUGCUGUUCCCGUUCACUUUCAGAUCACUCAAUGUGCUGAAGGAGAGAAGCUUCAGCUUGGUGACACUUGUUCAUCACUUCUUUAGUCAAACACAAGCAGAACUCUGCAGCUUUGAAGACCUCCAGGUGCUCUUCAUCUUUGACGGUCUGGACGAGUGCAGACUUCCUCUGGACUUCACCAAAACCAAGGCCCUGACUGACCCCACAGAGUCCGCCUCAGUGCACGUGCUGCUGGUAAACCUCAUCAGGGGGAGCCUGCUUCCCUCCGCUCGCCUCUGGAUAACCACACGACCCGCGGCAGCCAAUCAGAUCCCUGCUGAGUGUGUCUCCAUGGUGACAGAGGUCAGAGGGUUCACCGACCCACAGAAGGAGCAGUAUUUCAGGAAGAGGUUCAGAGAUGAGGCCAACACAAUCAUCUCCCACAUCAAGACGUCCAGAAGCCUCCACAUCAUGUGCUACAUGCCGAUCUUCUGCUGGAUCACUGCCACAGUCCUGGAACAUGUGUUGAAAAGCAGAGAGAGAGGAGAGCUGCCCAAGACCCUGACUCAAAUGUACAUCUACUUCCUGGUGGUUCAGGCCAAAGUCAAACUCAUUAAAUAUGAAGGAAGAUCUGACACAGACCCACACUGGAGUCCAGAGACCAGGAAGAUGGUGAAGUCUCUGGGAAAACUGGCCUUUGAGCAGCUGCAGAAAGGAAACCUGAUCUUCUACGAGAGUGACCUGAGGAAGUGUGGACUGGACGCUGCAGCGGCCUCAGUGUACUCCGGAGUGUUCACACAGGUCUUUAGAGAGGAGACAGGCCUGUACCAGGACAAGGUCUACUGCUUCAUCCAUCUGAGUGUGCAGGAGUUUCUGGCUGCUCUUCACGUCCAUCUGACCUUCAUCAACACUGGGAUCAACCUGCUCUCAGAGAAAAAGCAGAUGUCUACAAAGUUCAGUGUGAAAAGAAAACUAAAGCAUCUUCACCAGACAGCUGUGGACCAGGCCUUACAGAGUCCAACUGGACACCUGGACCUGCUCCUCCGCUUCCUCCUGGGACUUUCACUGUCGACCAAUCAGAGCCUUCUACAAGGUCUGCUGACACAGACAGGAAGUAGCUCCCAGACCAAUCAGAAAACAGCUGAGUACAUCAAGGAGAAGCUGAGUGAGGAUGUGUCUGCAGAGAGGAGCAUCAACCUGCUCCACUGUCUGAAUGAACUGAAUGAUCGUUCUCUGGUGGAGCAGAUCCAACAGUACCUGAGGUCAGGACGUCCGUCUGAAGGUGGACUGUCUCCUGCUCAGUGGUCAGCUCUGGCCUUCAUCUUACUGUCAUCAGUAGAAGAUCUGGAGCAGUUUGAUCUGAAGAAAUACUCUGCUUCAGAGGAGGCUCUGCUGAGGCUGCUGCCAGUGGUCAAGGCCUCCAACAAAGCUCUACUGAGCAGCUGUAAUCUGUCAGAGAGAAGCUGUGAAGCUCUGUCCUCAGUCCUCAGCUCCCAGUCCUCUAGUCUGAGAGUCCUGGACCUUGGUCAUAAUGACUUGAAGGACUCAGGGCUGAAGAUGUUGUCUGUUGGUCUGAUGAGUUCUCACUGUAAACUGGAACAGCUCAGACUGAGCAGCUGUAAUCUGUCAGAGAGAAGCUGUGAAGCUCUGUCCUCAGUCCUCAGCUCCCAGUCCUCUAGUCUGACAGUCCUGGACCUCAGUCACAACGACUUUAAGGACUCAGGGCUGGAGAUGUUGUCUGUUGGACUGAAGAGUCGUCACUGUAAACUGGAACAGCUCAGACUGAGCAGCUGUAAUCUGUCAGAGAGAAGCUGUGAAGCUCUGUCCUCAGUCCUCAGCUCCCAGUCCUCUAGUCUGACAGUCCUGGACCUCAGUCACAACGACUUUAAGGACUCAGGGCUGGAGAUGUUGUCUGUUGGACUGAAGAGUCGUCACUGUAAACUGGAACAGCUCAGGUCACAUUAUUCAUUUUAGUUGUUGGUCUCAGAGGAAGGCUGUGCUUCUCUGGCCUCAGCUCUGAGGUCCAACCCCUCCCAUCUGAGACAACUGGACCUAAGCUACAACCAUCCAGGAGACACAGGAGUAAAGCUCCUGUCUGCUCUACAGGAGGACCCCCACUGCACACUGGACUCUCUCAGACUGGAGCCUGCAGGUGUUCACUGGUUAACAGUUUGCCCGUGGAAGAAUUUCUGUGAUCUCACUCUGGAUCCAAACACAGCUCAAAACAUCCACAAACUGUCUGACAACAACAAGAAGGUGACAAAUAUGAGAAAGAAGGAGCUGGAUAAUCAGGACAGUUCUGAGUAUAGUCUGAUUCUGUGUUCCAAUGGUCUGACUGGUCGCUGUUACUGGGAGGUCCAGUGGAGUGGAGGGGUUUGUGUAUCAGUGUUUUACAGAGGAAUCAUAAGGAGAGCAGGAAUGAGAAGGAAUGCUGUUACCAGUGUUAACAAGUUUGGAGACUUAGAUCAGUCCUGGAAUCUGACCUGUUCUAAACAUGGUUUCAUUGUUUGGCAUGGUGACCAACAAAAAAAACUCCCUCAGUCCUGGUCUUCCUCUUCUGGGAGAGUAGCAGUGUUUGUGGACUGUCCUGCUGGUUCUCUGUCCUUCUACACAGUCUCCUCUGACCAACUGACCCACCUCCACACCUUCAACACCACAUUCGCUCGCACUCUGCUCCCUGGGUUUAGACUCUGGUCUGAAUCUUCAGUGUCUCUGUGUGCUCCUUUGGAUUAUGAGAAUGUAACACCUACAGGAUCUACAGGUAGUUUUAAUAACAAAGCCAGUCAGUGUGUGGGUCUAUUACAGAGUGAACAAACUGUUAAGGUUGAUUGAUAUGGAACAGGUGAGGACGCCACUGCAAGGGGUGAGGCUCCACACUAAAGUUGGGGUGAAGGAGACAUGCUAUAAAUGAACAACACACAAGAUUAAUGCAAAGAAAAUCAUUACCACAACUGAAAACACCCAACUACAAGUGCCACCACCUAUGAACUAUGAAUUAGGUCACCUUCUAAAUUGAGCCCCCUCCACACCCAGCUAUCUCCAGCCUACACCCACUGCAGAGCUGCUAAAGAUUGGCAACAGAAUAACUCAAACUAAAUAUCUCAAAAUAAAAACUCAACUUCUUAUUGUGCAUUAGAACUGCCUCCAGUGGAUUCUUUUUUAUGUCUCAAAGUGAUUUCAGUCGAGUUGAAUAGAAAACAAACCAAGAGUAUGAGCGGCUCCACAAACAACCCAACAGCCACAUGCCCAGAGUGAGGAGUGGUUUCCAUCAGAAGAACACGAGGAGAUUUGGUCACACUUUAGAAUAAGACACACCUACAAAUCAUUUGGAAAUGUUUAUUCACCAUCAACUCAUCAUUUACUGAAAAUGACCCAUAAAAAGGUCUUGGGCUCAAUGCUGCUCUGUGAUUGGUCCAAUUAACCGUACAGAGGACACACUCCAAGAUGGAUUCUGGUGAGUUUGUGAACUCACAGAUAUUGCCUGAAGCCAUCGUGUUGUGCAAAGUUACUUUUAAAUCUCUAUUUAAGUGUUUAAGUUAAAGCUCAUUUGUGUGCAUAUGUUUGUGCAGAUUCAUCCAGUUUGUGAAAUAUUGGACCUUUAAACAUUCUUGUGUCUUGAAGUCUCUUUUAAUUGAAUCCAACAGAAACCGAUGUCUUUAUCGAGGUGCAAAUGCAGAGAGAAGCAACUUCAAAAAUUAAAAUUAAAAAGUGUAGCACAUUCAGAUGGCUGAAGUACAAAACUUUGUGCUUCUUUCUUUCCUUAUUCAUUUAUUUUUAGAUUAGAAACAUAAUGGCAUGGAAAAGCAUCUGCAGAGGUAAGCCAAAGUACUCGUACCACUUUUGUACAAAACUGCAUUUUGUGAAGCCCAGAGCAGGUUCA